GUUUAUGUUAUCCACCAUUGACCUUUCUACACUCACCAACAGUCAACAAAUAAUCACAAAAGAUCAUCCGUGUUAGAGAAGACGACGCUUGCCUAAGAUUGGAACGCAAACGCCCUGCUGAGACUGCCCCGACACACAAUCGCGAAUGUAACCUCGGCAUCAGUCGGCAAGUUCAUCAGACAGCAGCCUCCAGCUGCCCGAUAUCUCUGAAUUAUCUUCCGGAAUGCAGAGACUAAAGAGAUUCUUUUUGAAAAGAUACCCAAGGCUGCGUCAUGAGCCGCCUGUUCCGGAGCCUACCCCGACGAUUGCCCCGGCUUCGCCUUCAGCGGGUGCUGGCUCAUCUUGUCGUGGAAGCAUCGACCUUUCCAGAAUUGAGAGAUUACCUUUUGAGAUCCGGAAUGAGAUAUUGCUUGCCGUAGACGCCAUCGCCGAUCUUUCAUCCUUGGUGCAUGCCUCGCCCACCUUUCAUCAGCAGUAUCGACUUGACCGAGCUUUCUGGCUAUGGCAUUGCUUGAAACAGGAAUUAGGCGAUGUACUUAUUGAUGCCUACAAUGUCAACCUAUAUAACACACAUGAGUUUCGGUCGACAAGAACCCGCGAAAAAGUGCUGCUAUACGUCGAGGAUUAUAAACUACACCGGUCCGGGGGAACCGAGUCACUUUCUCAGCAACCGCCUGAGGACGAUGUCAUCCGCAUCGUGUCUUUUCAUGCCUCUGUCAUCCGUACAUUGCUUCAGCAUUAUAUUACCUGGACUUGGGCCAACUUGGACGGUCUGUCUGAGUUUAAAGAACUUAGCAGAACAGAAGGAAGGCGCAUCAUGCGUGGCUUGUACCGCUUCCAAAUCUUCUGCAGCCUCUUCGGCGCGGCACAUGGUGGUGGCGGUUUCUACCACGAUGAUGGGCUUCUUCAACCUGAGGAAAGACUUCAGCUACUUCUUGACGCUUUCGAGGCUUGGGAAAUUGAAGAGAUCUUAUGCAUCAAUGUAUUUGCGCAAGCCAAAUACCGCACCGUGUUUGAACAGGUUGAAUGGGACUUGCAUCCGGAUAACCCAUCGUUCGACGACAAACGAACAGGUCCGCAUACCCCACCCGGGGCUUUCCACCUGGCCAGUGAUAUGUUUGCAGACUAUUAUAGGAACGGGGUAGUCUCACGAGGGCUGCCAGUCCUAUUUGCCGCCUUUGAGAUCCCAAGUCAUUCCGAACUAGUAAAGCUAAUAUCAAGUGAGAUUGUUUCAGUGGUAGAAGAUAUAGUCUCCGAAACAACAAGACCUUAUCACCAAGAGACGAGGCGUGAGAACCACUAUUCUGAUCGCGACAAAGCACAGGACAACCGAGAGAAAAUGAGCUUCGAUGGCGAAAAAUAUGACUCUCCUCCAUUUGCCUGGGUUGUCUUCUGGAAAGAGUUAUAUAGCAACCUCUAUGGCGAUUUCGUACCACCGUCAUUUCGUCACUGGGGAUAUGUUAUGUGGGACAAGAAUCGCUUAGCUAACACUGAUGCUGUUGCCAUCCUUGACCAGGGGUGGAAGGCCAUGUAUAAUAGGCUCAAUGACGAAGGGGAGCCGGAAGAUCCCAGGGAUGAGAUGCUAGCUUAUCAUUGAUGUGAUGGAGAAGAGACAGCGGGACCUUGGGUUUCAAGUCCAUAAGCCGGUUGCCCAAAAGAGGAAGGGGUAUGCAGCUACAGGUUGAUGAACUGCCAGGUGUAUAGAAAGGCAAGUUGAGAACUAUAUAAAAUAAACUAAUACAACAAUACUAAGGAUCUUAAACAGCCAGAUCCCACUAGGC